AUGUCCGUGCUCGCAUCUGCUGAUGCAGAGGACCUCUCUGCUGCUGGGCUCAUAAGCCCAGUCAGCGAAAAUGGCACUCGUUUAGUCCAUAGACGGCGCUUGGGCAGAUACAGUGAUGAAGAGAACUCCCACCUUCCACUGACUCCCAUUUCAUCAACACCAUCUUCCUCAGUCACUGAAAUGUAUGUGACUAUUCCUGAGGUUCUAAUUUCCCUGGCAACUCUGAAGUACCUUGGAUAUACCAAUACUGCGGCCAAUCGAAUUUGGGAUCAUUGCAAUAAUUGGCCUUCAACUCCUCCAGGCCGAUUUGAAGUCGAUCCCGAUGGUGAUAUUCCAUUCGUGGAAGUCGCUGUCGGUUAUCUAAAGCGUUUCCGCGAUCAGGACACCUGGGAUGAGGAGAACGAUUCCUCAUGA